AUGGGUUUUAGUGAUUUGAAAAGGGCCAUCAAGAAGAUCGACGAAUCAUUCAAACAAAGAGACAAACCGCAAGAUGCCCCCCCUCCAAUUCCCCCCAGAAAUUAUGUCCAGAAGCAAGUAGAUGUUCAACCCCAACCUGAAGCCCAUCAACAAACCCGAAUUGAUGGUGACAUUUUUGAUCAUCCAAUUGAAGAUUCUGAACCACCAGCUAUCUUUUCACGCGUGCAACACAAUCAAUUACCCAAAGGUGCUGGCUAUGGUCCAUCGGACCAACCAAUUCAGACAAACAACUUCUACAAUAAUUUAACAUUGGAGGAUCAAACAUUUCCAGUCUGGACCCAGCCUUAUUCCCUUUGGCUUACCAAGGAACCGGGGCAAGAUUUUGGGUUUGCAUUCAACCAUACGGAUAGGUCGCAACAAGUAUUCGGGCCAGAACCACAAUCAAAUCCUGCGCAAUUCUACUUCAACCCACCCAGGAUCCAGUCGUUUGUGAUAUCUGCCGAAGGAUUCAGUCCCGAGAAUACUAGGUUGGUUUUAGAAGACCAUGCCAAACUUUCAGUGACUUCGAGAUUAGUUCAAGAUGCCGAUAGAAAUAUCACCCUCCCUCUUGUUCACGGAAUGGGUUAUGUCACAGCCCUUUAUCAAAACUUACGGCCAAUUAUUUCAUCUCAAGUUGGAGUGCAAGAGUUUUCUAAAGUGGGUAAUAUUGGUCCAGUGGCCAAAUAUCAAGUUAAAUUGUUCAAUCAGGUCGUAUGGAGUUUGUACAUUACCGGUGAUAUCAACCUCGAACUAAAGGAUCCUAAUCAUAUUUUGGGUGAUAGGGUUGGCACAUUUACCUUGCAGUGGGCCAAGGGCAGCUCCAAAUUUUACGACCAAAGUGCUGGAUCUUAUCCAACUGAUGCUGAAUUACAUGGAUCAUCAGAUGGGGACAAAGGAACUUAUCAAUUCAAGUAUAACACAGCUGGAAAUUCACAAGCUGGCUCAAGUAUCAUUUGGGCUCUUCCACAUCACUAUCAAGUUCUUGAUGAUUCCAUCAAGUCUAAAGAGAUCGACAUAACCUUGGAUUCAACUGUAAAGGGUGUCAUGAAAGGGUACGUGACUUCUGAAUUGUUAAUGGAAGAAAAAUUGCCACUUGACAUUAACUGGGAGCCCUGGGCCUCAUUUUCAACACAUGCUUCCUACCCGGAUCAUGCAUUGGAACUCAUCAAGUCGGCAGCUAUAGAAGAUAUCAAGCAGGAUGUGGUAGGAAUGGCAAAUAUCGACUCGAUGUACACUUCAGGUAAGAUAUUAGACAAGUUUGCUUAUAUAGCAUAUGUCUGCAAGUUCAUCUUGAAUGACGAUGAAUUGACCAAUCAAAUACUCCCUAGACUUCAGGAAGCAAUAGAGAUAUUUGCUAGAAAUCAACAGAAAUACCCCUUAGUAUAUGAUGGUGCAUGGAAAGGUCUAAUCUCAUCAGCUGAACCCGGUGCGGACUUUGGAAACGCCAACUACAACGAUCACCAAUUUCAUUAUGGAUAUCAUAUCCAUGCUAUUGCUUUGGUUUCUAAAAUUGAUGAUGGUUGGUUGAGGAAGAAUGAUAACUUAGUUUUGAACUAUGCCAAUACUUUACUACGCGAUGUGGCUAAUCCCAAGGCUGAUAAGUAUUUUCCCCAGUCCCGAAGUUUCGAUUGGUAUCACGGUCACUCAUUUGCUCAUGGUAUUUUUGCUUCCGGUGAUGGUAAAGAUGAAGAAUCUUCAUCGGAAGAUUAUCAUUUCGCUUACGGAAUGAAGUUAUACGCACAGAUUUUGAGGGACCCAAGUAUGGAAGCCAGGGCCAACUUGAUGCUAGCAGUUAUGAAGAGAUCCAUGGGGUUGUACAUGCUUUAUACAGAUGAUAAUGAAAUCCAGCCUGCCAAUUUCAUAAAAAACAAAGUUGCUGGUAUUACUUUUGAAAACAAAAUUGAUUUUUCCACAUAUUUUGGAAGGGGGACUAUAGCUGAUGAAUGGAUUCAUGGAAUUCAUAUGUUACCAAUAACCCCAAUUUCUUCUUACAUUAGAACAGAACAGUUUGUUAAGGAGGAAUGGCAACAAAAAUUAGCAGGUAUUAUCGAUCAAAUUCCUGAUGGCUGGAAAGGAAUCUUGAUGCUCAAUUUAGCAUUGUACGACCCAAAGAAAGCGUGGGAUUGGUUCUCCCGGAACGAUUGGGAUGAUCGCUUGAUAGAUAAUGGUAUGUCCAGAACUUGGUCAUUGGCUUUCAUCAGUGGAAUCGGAGGUGCAAACUAA